CCCUGGACGCAUGGGCGCCGCAUGUUCCCGCCCUAUGACUCGGGGCUGGCGACUACGGGAGAGAGCUGAUGACGUGACCGCGACCGCUCGGGUUCCAUGGCGGCUCGGCGGCGGGGAACGAGAAGUUGCGUACCGCGAGCUUCUGUAGCGUUAAAUGAAGUGGAAAGAGUUAAUAAUGGCAAUACAGCUACAGAAGACCCUUCUGCAAAGAAAACUCGAAGAUGCCAGAGGCAGGGGGUGAAAACGCAGCCUGUUGCUGGAGAAGAGGCUGAUAAUGACAGGACAGAAGACAAGCAAGAGUCUGCGAAGACAUUGCUGUUAAAAGGCAAAGCUCCCGUGGACCCAGAGUGCACAACCAAGGUGGGAAAGGCCCAUGUAUACUGUGAAGGGAAUGAUGUUUAUGAUGUCAUGCUAAAUCAGACCAAUCUUCAGUUCAACAACAACAAGUACUAUCUUAUCCAGCUGUUAGAAGAUGAUGCCCACAAGAACUUCAGUGUGUGGAUGAGAUGGGGCCGAGUUGGGAAAAUGGGGCAGCACAGCUUGGUGACUUGUUCAGGGGACCUCAACAAGGCCAAGGAAAUCUUUCAGAAGAAAUUCCAUGACAAAACAAAAAACAAUUGGGAGGACCAUGAGAAGUUUGAGAAGGUGCCUGGAAAAUACGAUUUACUACAAAUGGACUAUUCCACCAAUACUCAGCAUGAAGAGGAAACCAAAAAAGAGGAAUCUUUUAAAUCCGCCUUGAAACUAGAGUCACAGCUAGAUCUUCGUGUACAGGAGCUAAUAAAAUUGAUCUGUAAUGUCCAAGCAAUGGAAGAGAUGAUGGUAGAAAUGAAAUAUGAUACCAAGAAAGCCCCACUUGGGAAGCUGACCGUGGCACAAAUCAAGGCAGGUUACCAGUCUCUUAAGAAAAUUGAGGAUUGUAUUCGAGAUGGCCAGCAUGGACGAGCUCUCACAGAAGCAUGCAAUGAAUUCUACACCAGGAUCCCACAUGACUUUGGACUCCAUACUCCUCCAUUAAUCCGGACAGAGAAAGAACUGUCAGACAAAGUACAACUACUAGAGGCUUUGGGAGACAUUGAAAUUGCCAUUAAGCUGGUAAAGACAGAGCUGCAAAGUCUAGAACACCCAUUGGACCAACAUUAUAGAAAAUUACAUUGUGCCCUGCACCCUCUAGACCAUGAAAGCUAUGAGUUCAAAGUAAUUUCCCAGUACUUACAGUCUACUCAUGCUCCCACACACAGUGACUAUACUAUGACCUUGCUUGAUGUCUUUGAAGUAGAGAAGGAGGGUGAAAAAGAAGCCUUCAGAGAUGACCUUCAUAACAGGAUGCUGUUAUGGCAUGGUUCCAGGCUGAGUAACUGGGUGGGAAUCCUGAGCCAUGGGCUUCGAGUUGCUCCACCUGAAGCACCCAUCACAGGCUACAUGUUUGGAAAAGGAAUCUACUUUGCCGACAUGUCUUCCAAGAGUGCCAAUUACUGCUUUGCUUCUCGCCUAAAGGAUACUGGAUUGUUGCUUUUAUCAGAGGUAGCUCUGGGUCAGAGUAAUGAGCUACUAGAGGCCAAUCCUGUGGCAGAAGCAUUACUUCAAGGCAAGCACAGCACCAAGGGGCUGGGCAGGAUGGCUCCCAGUCCUGCCUCCUUUAUCACUCUGAAUGGGAGUACAGUGCCCUUAGGACCAGCAAAUGACACGGGAAUUCUAAAUCCAGAGGGUUAUACUCUCAACUACAAUGAAUUUGUUGUCUAUAGCCCCAACCAGGUCCGUAUGCGAUACCUUCUAAAGAUUCGAUUUAAUUUCCUGCAGCUGUGGUGAAGUUGAUAUUGAAUAAGCCAGAGAAGAUACACUCUUCAAGCAAGAAUAUAUACAAUUUAUAACAUUUUGAGUUUUCUGAUAUUUUAUGUAAUAAAAAUAGUACAAAUCUCA